CUGGGUUCGACCUGUGUUACUAGGCAGCAGCUAACGACCGCACUCAUCGUCCAGCUGCCGGUUUUUCAGCACAGUUCCUUCUUCUUUCUCUGGGUCAAACUCAUCUUCACGCUCCUUAUUCUCUCUUCUCUAUCGUAGCCAUGCGCAUUGAAGCCCUCUUUGCUCGCGACGAUUGUUGCACAAGCCCCCCAUCCUGCGCUAUCUGUGCACCCAAUCAAGACUGCAUUCGUAUCAAUCAGGGUUGCAAUUGCCCGACUGUAAAAUGUGUUUCCAGGUCAUCAGAGUCCCAGUCCGAUACCUCUUCGUCGUCUGCAGGCGUUAGCAAAGGCGCCGUGGCUGGGGCUGUUGUUGGGGUCCUCAUCUUCCUCACAAUCGCUGUCGGUCUCUUCUGGUGGUACCGCCGUCGUGCGCGUUCACCAGAACCCAAAUCAGACAUUCCAGCCUCCGCUGAGGACGUUUUGAAGAGACCAGACCCCAUCGAAAAGCCUUCCCCACCGCCCACAGAGCUCAACACCGUCCGUGUUUAUUCAACAUCAUCCAAUACCACCAUAGACCUCGAUCCUCAAUCUCAGAUUUCUCACAACGGCGACAAUCAAGUUGCUUCGCGGACUUCCGUCCGAUCCAACCCCUUCAGCGACAAUCAUUCCAUACAAACCGCUGGCACAGAGGGAACAAACGUCAUACCCAUCGCACUUGUCCCUCCUGAAGCUGGCUCGUUACGUUCUCAAGGCGAAUCUACCAGAUCUGCUUCACCAGUACGACCCGUCCGCACUCCAGACACUGAUCUUAAUCUGGACCAUGUUAACGUUUCGCACGACUCCCUUCGUCCAAAUAAUCCAAAGUAUGCCACGUCUCAGAUUUCUGGGGUAUCAGGCGUUUCUUCCAGGCACUCCUACAUGACCAAUGCCAGUUACUCCAGUGACUUCCUUAAUGAGGCCCCAAUGAUCGUGACUGCAAACAAAGGUCCUGUUCGGCAGCUCUUGGGUGUCAGAAAAGCCGAGGUGAUCAGCGCUGGUUCCCUAACUCCUACUACGCCAGACAGCCUUCGGGUACAGAUGGCUCGCCCAGCUAUUACUUCCCCCCUUGCUGCUACUUCAUUCGGUCCCUCCGAUGUUGCGAGUAUCUCUGAUAAAGCCUCAGUUAAUGGCUCUGGCGAUCCAUUCAGCGACAAGCAUUCUUCUACCCGCACAACGUUAUCACCUUCAUCUGCUGGUGCAUUGUCCACUACUUUCAACACCGACCGUUCCAGCUCCCCACAUAGUUCCAUUCAGAAUUGGACACCCGAUGGCCCAAAUCUUCCGUGGGCGCAAGGAAAAGAUGAUCUCAGUAGUCGUCCGUCCAGCCUCAGUACUCAAGCUGGCUCAGUUAUUGAUAUCGCAAGCGCGACUCGAGUAAACAUCGGGCUUGGCCACCUUAGUCCACCAUCUACGGCAGGUGUUCCUCGAUCUCCCUUCAGAACCACAAUGGGCAGACUAGUCUCACCUCCCACCGGUGCACAGGGUACCUUUGAAGAGCAACAGCAGAUGGCUUUAGCACAUGCGCAGGCGCAGGCACGGGCUCAGGGUCUUGAUAACAAAAGUCGUAGGGUUUCCGGAUCUUCUGUCGUGACUUCAGCGUCGGUCGGUGAUUCUAUCUUGGAAUCGUUCCCUUUCGUUCCUCCGUCCCCCAUCUCCAAUAGGCCUGUAAGAUCUCCGCCUGUUUCCCCCCUUGUUCAAUCGUUUAGUUCCGGUCCGUCCACUCCGAUGGCUCAACAAACCUUUGUCACACCACCAUCCCCAUCUCCAUCAAGUCCUGGAACUUUUAGCCCUGUCCCUGACGAGAAUGGGCUUCCUCUCCCUCCGGAUAGGAGGACAUUGGGAUUAUCGACGGGCUCUCAGUUAUCGACGGCUUCAUCAGGACUAGGCUCGUUCCCAUUCCACAUCCACUCUGGGAGUACCGAUGGCUCCUCAGUCCCUUCGUCCUACAAUACUGGUCGUCAAAGAGCCAGUCUUGAUACUCUUGCGAUCACGAGCGACCUCUCUUCGUAUCCCCUUGGAUUCGAUAGAGAUAGUAACAUCCCUCCCUCACCAAGAGUGUGAAGUACAUUGAUAGAACGAUGGAACCAACCUAAAUUUUUCUGUCCUGUAAGCUUGUACUAUAGCAAGUACCCUGGCAGGACCCUGGACUCCAGUUCUUAUUUAUGCUAUGGCCGCUUGCGUGUUCUUCCCCUUCAAUUAACGCUCUUUCAGCUGAGUUCGCCUUUUACUUGCUGUUUCAUGCGCUUGCAAGCCGUAGAUCUCUUUUCUCUUUCUUCUCUAUGGUACCUUUUGAGUGGGCUGUGUGUAUUUUGAUUAUUUAUCCCUUCAUUUACUUCCUUUUUCUCCUCCACACCUGAAGCCCUACCCGGGUAUGGUACAAAUAUCCUUGAUUAGUUGACUACGUUUGUCACGAAAAUAUAGCACGGUGUGCACGAUACAGGAAAGGCUAACUUGAGAAAAUU